AUGACUAAAUUGCAAAUUGAGAUUGGCGAGGAGACAGACUAUCCUGGAAGUAAAAUAUUUGCAGCAUUAGCAGAUUCUAUUGGACUGUCCGUUGACUUGACCAACUUCUUGAUAAUUCAAACGUCAGCAUUACUCCUAGCAUCUUUAUUUCGUUCAUACUUGCAUACAUCAAAAGUAUCAGUCAGCGUUCGACAUGCUUUUGGAUUACUCGUUGGACUUUUCUUUGGAUAUUUUUGUUUUGGACAGCAAGCAGUUCACAUUGCUGGUUUACCAGCUAUUUGCUAUGUCGUUAUCAGAACUCAAAAUCCAGAAUUUGUUCAAAGAAUUGUAAUGGUUGUUGCUCUCACAUACUUGUCAUGCAUUCAUUUGCACCGCCAAUAUAACAGCAAUGGAGCCUAUACUUUGGAUAUUACAGGACCUUUGAUGAUCAUCACUCAGAAAGUUACUAGCUUGGCUUUCAGCAUUCAUGAUGGAUUUGUUGCAACUGAGAAUAAGAAGGAACUUUCAAAGAAUCAACAAUAUCAUAUGAUCGACAAAAUCCCAUCACCAUUGGAAUACUUUUCCUAUGUCCUUAACUUCCAAAGUCUCAUGGCUGGUCCUCUAGUCUUUUAUCGUGACUAUAUUGACUUUGUUGAAGGAUGCAAUUUUAAAUCGCACACAAAUAGCAAAUUGGAUGGAGCAAAUAAGAAAAUCGUCACAGAACCAUCUCCGGUGAAAACUGUAUUGAAAAAAGUCCUAGCUAGUGUUGUUUGUGCUUACAUCUUUAUCAAGCUGAUUAACGUUUAUCCGAUUAAAUCUGUUAAGGAAGACGCAUUCAUCGAUGACACAACAAUUAUUUAUAAGUUUUGGUAUCUAAUGAUGAUGACAAUGGCCGUACGCUUUAAGUAUUAUUUUGCAUGGAUGCUCGCGGACGCAAUUGUCAAUAACGCAGGAAUGGGAUUUAAUGGAUUCGAAAGUGAUGGCACUGCUAAAUGGGAUGGAUUGACAAAUAUUUAUGUGAUACCUUUUGAACUUGGAACAAAUAUUCGUGAUUGUAUUAAUAGCUGGAAUAUCGGUACAAAUUCUUGGCUUCGAAUGGUUGUUUAUGAGCGAGCACCGAAGCAGUAUGGAACAAUUUUGACAUUUUCAUUAUCAGCAUUAUGGCAUGGAUUUUAUCCUGGAUAUUAUUUGACUUUUGCUACUGGUGCUUUAACUGUAACUGCUGCUAGAAAAGCUCGUCGAGUUUUCCGUCACCAUUUCCAGCAAACCGAAUUCUCACGUACAGUUUAUGACGUUAUUACAUGUUUGGUGACUCGUCUAUUCAUGGGAUACAUCACAUUCCCAUUUGUUUUACUUGAGCUUGGAGCCAGUUUCCGAUUGUACCUGAGACUUUUCAUGUGCCUUCAUUUAGUUGCUCUAUCUUCGAUAUUUCUUCUUCCGAAAUUAAUGCGUGGUGAAAGUCACGCGAGAAAACAUUCGGCAUCUCCAUUAACCAAAACGAAUAACCAUAGUAUGUCCUCGAUGACUGACGAGAUGAACAAGAAAAACGAUGACAAGGAAGAUAAGGAUAAUGGAAUAGCAGUAGCGUCAACAAAGAGCAACUCAAAUCACGAGUCAGAGGAAUCAAGUAGUUCAUACAGUAGCUUUAAUAAUAGUAUGAAUGAUAUAAGUGAUAAGAUUCAUGUUCGUAAAACGGAAUCAAAUUACUUACUAAAGGAUCUCAUAAAUAAGGAAGUUAACAAAAUCAAGGACGAAACAGAUAAUUUAUCAAAUUUAUUGAAAGAGAAAAUCGAGGCAGCAAAUAUCGAAGGAUUUAUUGACAAAACUGUCAACGGUAUUGUUGAAUUAAAAGAUGAUUUAAUGCGUAUGAAUGAGCCCGAGGUUUAUGGACCAACUACAGAAAGUUUAAGGAAGCGAAAUAUCUCAAAUGUUGAUUUAGAAUCAACAACAGUAACAAAAGGAUCAACAGGUGAGGGUAAUCAAAGUGGCGCAUUUUUGAAGAAGGAAAUUGAUGCGAUAAAGAAGGAAUCAACAGUUAUUCCAGCUGUCCUCAGUAAUGGACAUGCUAAAUAA